AUGAAAGCUUCACUGAAAGCAUCAGCUGAAGCACUAGGAAACCCAGCCUGGGGGCAAGACGGACCCCAUGAUUCUGGCGAGUACAAUCAAUUUCCUGAAGAUACUGGGUUCUUCAGAAAUGACGGGACAUGGAACACAGAAUAUGAACAGUUCUUCCUAGAGUGCAAACAUGGAGUUGCGCUCAACUUCACAUGCAUGGAAAUGAGAGACUGUGAGCAGCAAGAAAAUGCAGACUGCUCGCCACAAGGAUUAGUCCAUCAAGUAAAGAUGGCCACAAAGGCAGCCGACACGGAACUUGCCAGCGAGAAUGCAUUGGAGAGGUAUGAUGCAGCUGCAUUGGGGCAAGUUUUGGCGACGGGUACAGCGGCUGCAGGCAGUGGAUUGAGCGCAUUUACUUAUCUAAGAUUGAAUAAGAGGCUAUUCGAAGAAGAUAACUAG